AUGGGCUCGCUGUCACAGUUCCUCAUUCAUCAGUCGCCUGUAGGGGAGAGUAAACAGCAGCCGCUGGCCCUGGCCGCCGAAUGCACUGACUCUAACUUCCUGCUUCCUGUUUCACUCUCCCUACUUCCCCUCCUGGUUUCCAGUAGUCCGAGCCAAGACAGCCGUGUCACAGCCGCGAUCACAAUAAAGAAAGCCAAACUCCAAGGACCACCAGAUAAAUUCAAUGCGUAUGUGACCCUGAAGGUUCAGAAUGUGAAGAGCACGACCAUCACGGUGCGGGGAGACCAGCCAUGCUGGGAGCAGGACUUUAUGUUCGAGAUCAACCGGCUGGACCUGGGCCUUAUUGUGGAGGUGUGGAACAAGGGCCUUAUCUGGGACACAAUGCUAGGAACAGCCUGGAUCCCACUAAAGAGCAUACGACAUUCCGAAGAGGAGGGUCCUGGUGACUGGACUUUUCUGGACUCUGAGGUUCUGAUGAAAGCAGAUGAGAUUUACGGCACAAAGAAUCGGACGCCCCACCGAGUCCUGCUGGACACACGCUUUGAGCUGCCCUUUGACAUCCCUGAAGAAGAGGCCCGUUACUGGACCGGCGAACUGGAGAGAAUUAAUACCAUGGGAAUGCAUGAAGGGUACACUCUGCAGGAUGAAGUCCAGAAGCGCCCAUUGCCCUGUGCUGCAUCUCAGUGCUUGUGCUUUCUCUUGACACAUCUCACAGCCUUGGACGACCUCGACAGUGCGGUAGACGAUCGAGACAGCGACUACCGAAGUGAGACCAGCAACAGCCUUCCCCCACGCUACCACACCACCUCCCAGCCCAACUCUUCCCUUCACCAGUACCCCAUGGGCUCCCAGUUCCAGCACCACGGCGACUCCUGCACAGACUCCGUGCACAGCUUUGACUUGGAUUACAGGGAUCACCACGGAAACAGCCCGGCGGACAGUAGUCGUUUUGGAUCCUCUGGGAACCUCAGUCAGGCUAGUUCUCAGCUCAGCGAACUUGGUCAGGAGAGUGCUGCUUGUUCAGAGAUGGAAGAUUCCCACCAUUCGUACCACAGCACCGGUUAUCGUCCAGCCACAAAUGGCCACCAUGCCACGAAUGGACAAAAUGCCUCAGCGGACGAAGGUCUGAAAUCCCCGCAAGAUCUGGGCAGGAGUAUGAAUGGCAGCUUGAAGAAGGAAGUGAUCAACCAAGUGGAGAAAAGACCCGAGAGGUCACCAAUAAGUUUUCAGGACGAUGGGCCUCCUCUACCUUUCUCUCCAUCCAGAGUGCGCUGGCUGAAGGCGAUCAACAAAGUGAGAGUUCAGCUUCAGGAGGGUCGACAGAAUGGAGAUAACUCCAAACAAGCCUGGGUCAAAGCAGGGAGUGGGAGUGGCCUGUUUGGCAUCGAUAGCAUGCCUGACCUCCGCAAGAGGAAACCAAUCCCCUUGGUUAGCGAUGUGUCGUUGGUUCAGGCCAGGAAAGCUGGCAUUGCCUCUGCCAUGGCAACGAGGUCGUCCAUCAAAGACGAGGAACUGAAAAAUCACGUGUACAGGAAGACGCUCCAGGCUUUAAUCUAUCCCAUAUCCUGCACUACACCGCACAACUUCGAAGUGUGGACCGCCACCACACCCACGUAUUGCUACGAGUGCGAAGGCCUGCUUUGGGGCAUUGCUCGACAGGGCAUGCGCUGCACUGAAUGUGGGGUCAAAUGUCACGAGAAGUGCCAGGAGCUUCUCAACGCCGACUGCCUCCAACGUGCGGCAGAGAAGAGUUCGAAACACGGGGCUGAGGACCGGACUCAGAACAUCAUCAUGGCGAUGAAAGACCGCAUGAAGAUCCGCGAGAGGAACAAGCCCGAGAUCUUCGAGGUGAUCCGAGACGUUUUUGCCAUCAGCAAGGCCAUCCAUGCCCAGCAAAUGAAAACCAUCAAACAGAGCGUGCUGGACGGCACCUCCAAGUGGUCCGCCAAGAUCACCAUCACAGUGGUGUGUGCACAGGGACUGCAGGCGAAAGACAAGACGGGCUCGAGUGACCCAUAUGUGACAGUUCAGGUCGGGAAGACCAAGAAGAGAACCAAAACCAUCUACGGAAACCUCAACCCCGUGUGGGAGGAGAAGUUUCAUUUCGAGUGCCACAAUUCCUCGGACCGCAUCAAGGUGCGCGUCUGGGACGAAGACGAUGACAUUAAGUCGAGGGUGAAGCAGCGGCUGAAGAGAGAGUCGGACGACUUCCUGGGUCAGAGCAUUAUCGAAGUCCGCACGCUGAGCGGAGAGAUGGAUGUUUGGUACAACCUGGAGAAAAGGACGGACAAGUCGGCGGUGUCCGGAGCGAUCCGUCUGCAGAUCAGCGUGGAAAUAAAGGGCCAGGAGAAGGUGGCCCCGUAUCACGUCCAGUACACCUGUCUGCACGAGAACCUCUUCCACCACACUACGGACGUCUUGGGUCAAGGGGUUGUGAGGAUUCCAGACGCUCGGGGUGAUGAUGCCUGGAAGGUUUACUUCGAUGACGUGGCACAGGAGAUAGUGGAUGAAUUUGCAAUGCGCUAUGGGAUAGAAUCCAUCUAUCAGGCUAUGACGCACUUCGCCUGUCUGUCGUCCAAAUACAUGUGUCCUGGGGUCCCCGCUGUGAUGAGCACCCUGCUGGCCAACAUCAACGCCUUUUACGCACACACCACCGCCUCCACCAACGUCUCCGCCAGCGACCGCUUCUCCGCCUCUAAUUUCGGGAAAGAGAGAUUUGUCAAGCUCUUGGAUCAGCUUCACAAUUCCCUGCGCAUUGACCUCUCCAUGUAUCGGAACAACUUCCCUGCGAGCAGUAAAGAGCGUUUACAGGACCUCAAGUCAACAGUCGACCUUCUGACCAGUAUCACCUUCUUCAGGAUGAAGGUCCAGGAGUUGCAGAGUCCCCCCAGAGCCAGCCAGGUGGUGCGAGACUGUGUGAAAGCCUGUCUCAACUCCACCUACGACUACAUCUUCAACAACUGUCAGGAACUCUACAGCCGCCAGUACCAGUCUAAUAAAGAGGAGUGUCCACCAGAGGAGCAAGGCCCCAGCAUAAAGAACCUGGACUUCUGGCCCAAACUCAUCACCCUCAUUGUGUCCAUCAUAGAGGAGGACAAGAACUCCUACACCCCUGUCCUGAACCAGUUUCCUCAGGAACUGAAUGUAGGCAAGCUUUCUGCAGAAGUGAUGUGGGUACAGUUCUCUCAGGAUAUGAAGUACGCCAUGGAGGAGCAUGAGAAGCACAGACUCUGUAAGAGCGCUGACUACAUGAACCUGCACUUCAAAGUCAAGUGGCUUUACAACGAGUAUGUGAGAGACCUGUCCGUCUUCAAAGGCGUGGUUCCAGAGUACCCUUCGUGGUUUUUGCAGUUCGUUCUGCAGUGGCUGGAUGAGAAUGAGGAGGUUUCCAUGGAGUUCAUGCAUGGAGCCCUGGAGAGAGAUAAGAAAGAUGGAUUCCAGCAGACGUCUGAGCAUGCUCUGUUCUCCUGCUCUGUGGUGGACGUCUUCACUCAGCUCAACCAGAGCUUUGAGAUCAUUAAGAAACUGGACUGUCCUGACCCCAAAGUCAUGGCCCAUUACAGUCGCCGCUUUGCCAAGACGAUUGCCAAAGUUCUCCUACAGUACUGUGCUAUUUUAACUAAGAGCUUCCCAUCCUACUGCGACAAAGAGAAGAUCCCGUGUGUCCUGAUGAAUAACGUGCAGCAGUUGCGUGUCCAGCUGGAGAAGAUGUUUGAAUCAAUGGGUGCCAAACAGCUGGACCCAGAGGCCAGUGACCUCCUGAAUGAACUGCAGGUGAAGCUGAACAACGUGCUGGAUGAGCUGAGUGUGACGUUUGGGAACACGUUUCAGAACAAGAUUGAUGACUGCAUGCGACAGAUGGCUAGCCUGUUGUACCAGAUCAAGGGUCCACUCAAUGCCAACAGCCGUAACCAGGUGGAGGCCGACUCUGACAACAUGCUCCGCCCCCUGAUGGACUUCCUGGAUGGAAACCUGAUGCUGUUUGCGACGGUGUGUGAGAAGACGGUGUUGAAGAGAGUGCUGAAGGAACUGUGGAGGAUUGUCAUGAACAGCCUGGAAAAGACCAUCGUCCUUCCUCAGGGAAACGACACAUUCGGGGCUCAGAUGAUUCUGUCAGCAGCCAAAGAACUGGGCCAGCUCUCCAAACUCAAGGAUCACAUGGUGUCAGGUGAAGCCAAAAGCCUCACGCCCAAACAGUGUGCCGUCAUGGAUGUGGCACUGGACACUAUAAAGCAAUAUUUCCACGCUGGAGGGAACGGUUUGAAGAAAGCUUUCCUGGAGAAGAGUCCGGAGUUGUCUUCUCUGCGUCACGCCCUGUCUCUGUACACACAGACGACAGACACACUCAUCAAGACCUUUGUCACGACUCAGCAUGCCCAGGUGCACAAUGGGAAGGGUAUCAGGAUAACUCCUAAUGAAAAAAUACAGCCGUCCAGGGGCUCUGGAGUUGAUAAACCGGUGGGAGAGGUGUCUGUUCAGAUUGAUCUGUUUACACAUCCUGGGACAGGAGAACAUAAGGUCACAGUUAAAGUUGUGGCUGCCAAUGAUCUGAAGUGGCAGACAUCCGGAAUGUUCCGACCCUUUGUGGAGAUCACCAUGAUAGGACCUCACCUGAGCGAUAAAAAACGCAAGUUCACCACCAAGUCCAAGAACAACAGCUGGGCACCCAAGUUUAAUGAGACGUUCCACUUUAUCCUGGGGAACGAGGACGGGCCGGAGUGCUACGAGCUCCAGGUCUGCGUGAAGGACUACUGCUUCGGCCGCGCAGACAGGGUGGUGGGCGUCGCCGUCAUGCAGCUCCGCGACGUGGCGCAGAGGGGCAGCUGCGCCUGCUGGUGCCCACUGGGUCCGCGGGUCCAGAUGGACGACACGGGCCUGACCGUGCUGCGCAUCCUCUCCCAGCGCUCCAACGACGAGGUGGCCAAGGAGUUCGUCAAGCUCAAGUCCGAGACGCGCUCGGCCGAGGAGGGCAGAUGAGCGGCCCGCGGUCGGCGUCCGGGCGCGGGAGGGCGGGGCGAACCCGGGCACGGAGGCGAAAGUGAAGACUGUGGGUUUAAAGCAGAUUCCCGUUCUGUUAGAUCUCUGUACCAUCUUAGAGAACAUGUAAAAUGGUAGCAGUUAACCUUUGCUCCUCCUGAGGCGGGGCAUCAGUGUUACCCAUUGGGGCAGAAGACAUAAACAAUGACAGUCAUACCUGCUUUUAAUAAAGGAGCCGGAAUGACGGACCAAUCCCUCCCCCUCCCCCUUUUUCUCUUGACACUGCACUGUUACCAGACUGCUGUUUGUUCUGAGGCCAAACAUUUAAUCACAGACACACAGUCACACUCUCACUGGGUCACGGCAUCAACCACCAGUCACGCUCAGUCUGGUCGUUUUACUGUUACCGUGGAGUUGUUUUGGCCUCCGGUCACUAGGUGGCACUGUGUCUGUAUGUAUACAUGUGACCAAACCUGUUUUAGGAGAGUUUACAGGGUCUCUCACACUAUUUUGUCUUCUUGUGCAAUAUCCUCCCACUAUGUAUGUAAUGCCUUACAUUCUGCUGUGAAUGUGUACAAUUAGAAA